AUGAGGUUCUCGUCCGUCGCCAUCGCCACCUGUCGCUUCCUGCAAUGCCAGGCAGUAUUUGUUUUCCAGACCAAGCUCGACCCAUCGCAGCUGGAAGAAGCCUUCCAGCGACUCCUCAUGGCGUGGCCAGAUCUUCGAGCCCGCGUCAACCUGCAGUGGACCGGGUCCUGCCCAUCAGCCGACACGGCGGGACAUUGGCAGUCGCGAGUGAUAGACGCACCGCUAAGGGACUGUGUCUCGCUCGACCAGAUGACGGAGCAGGAGCUAGAGCCAUCCGAAUACGCGCGCUUGGAGCAGCUCUUUCGGUUCGGCUGGUCGCUCCGCUCGCUGUUGUUCCCGCCGGUUCUUCUGGCUGAUAUUGCGAUCAACCCUGAAGGUCUUUACAGGAUCCUCUCCGCCUACACCGCAAUCCUGCGGGGCGAGACCAUCGACCCAAUCGUGGAAGAACCGCGACCGAACAAGAUCGUAUUCAAGCCCCCCAAGGAGACGAGCAGUGCGCUCUACACGCAUGAACCGCUCGGGAGCCGGCUGCACGAGUCGACAACCCAGCACUGGGCCUCCGGAUGGCUGGGCAAUAUCAUCUUUGCCCUCUGGCACUGGCUGGUCCGCGCCACCUUUGCAUACAAGCCUCGUGCGCGUCGCACCAUGCACAUCCCCGGUGCGGCGGUCGAUCGCCUGCACGAUCGUGCAGCCCAGCAGGGGCUCGCGGUGACGCGACACGAUCUCGUCAUGGCCAUCAUAGCUCAGGCCGCUCUGCAAGCAUACCCCCACCUGCACCCGGCAGCGAUCGCAUUCGUCUACAACUUCCGCAGACACCUCGACCAACCCGCGCAACUCCAAAAUACCUCAUGGCUAGUCUCGAUCCCUCUGCCGACGCGGCCAAACAAGCCCAUCAUGCUUGACGAUAGCGAUGACGACGAGGAGGAGGAUGAUGAAGACGAUCGACUCCUGAUGCUAGCGUCCUGCGUCCGCGACGCCGUCAGAACAGUCCGCACCCCGGAGUGCCUGGAGCUCUUCCGCCAAGCUCACACAGCCAUGGGACCGUGGCGGCCCUUCCGGCCGGCCCUGCGGCACCCGAACCACCCGAACACUCUCGUCUCAUCGUCUUCCCAGCUACCGUGGUACAGUCUCUGCUUCGGCGGCGGGCCCGAGACCAGGCCGUUUUACGCGAGCAUGGCUGUCGGCUUGAUCGAUCUCUGGGGGUUUAUCGGGCUGAGUGUCCAUGACUGGAUCCUGACGAGUAAGGAUCGCGAGGACCGCGGGUAUUUUCUGUAUGGGUCGUUGCAUGCGGAGCAUUGGGCGCAGUUGAGGCGGGGUUGUGCGCGGUUGGUGGGUGGGUGA